UUACGUCUCCAAAUUUCUACUUCACGGAUCCGCUUCAAAGAGGCAGCUGCAGUGGAGAAUCAUGUUAAGCUCGGCUACUGCGGAGAGCCCAAGGUAGCCCAAUGAUGGAUUUUGAUGAGCGUGGUCCCUGCUCCUCUAACAUGUAUUUGCCAAGUUGUACUUACUACGUCUCCGGUCCAGAUUUCUCCAGCCUCCCUUCUUUUCUGCCCCAGACCCCGUCUUCGCGCCCAAUGACAUACUCCUACUCUUCCAACCUGCCCCAAGUCCAACCCGUGCGCGAAGUGACCUUCAGAGAGUACGCCAUUGAGCCCGCCACUAAGUGGCACCCCCGCGGCAAUCUGACCCACUGCUACUCCGCGGAGGAGCUCGUGCACAGAGACUGCCUGCAGGCGCCCAGCGCGCCCGGCGUGCCUGGCGACGUGCUGGCCAAGAGCUCGGCCAACGUCUACCACCACCCCACCCCCGCCGUCUCGUCCAAUUUCUAUAGCACCGUGGGCAGGAACGGCGUCCUGCCGCAGGCUUUCGACCAGUUUUUCGAGACGGCCUACGGCACCCCGGAAAACCUCGCUUCUUCCGACUACCCCGGGGACAAGAGCGCAGAAAAGGGACCCCCAGCGGCGGCGGCUUCGGCAGCGGCGGCCACGGGCACGGGCGCGCCGGCAACUUCAAGUUCGGACGCCGGCGGCGGCUGCCGGGAGCAGGCGGCGGAGGACAAGGAGCGGCGCCGGCGCCCCGAGAGCAGCAGCAGCCCCGAGUCGUCUUCCGGCCACACUGAGGACAAGGCCGGCGGCUCCAGUGGCCAACGAACCCGAAAAAAGCGCUGCCCCUAUACCAAGUACCAGAUCCGGGAGCUGGAGCGGGAGUUCUUCUUCAGCGUGUAUAUCAACAAAGAGAAGCGCCUGCAGCUGUCUCGAAUGCUCAACCUCACCGACCGUCAAGUUAAAAUCUGGUUUCAGAACAGAAGAAUGAAGGAAAAAAAAAUUAACAGAGACCGUUUACAGUACUAUUCAGCCAACCCGCUCCUCUAAAGCUCCAACCAGCUGGAAUAGGGUGGGGGGCUUCAUACUCAAGAGAUUUUAUGCAGAUUUUGCCCUUGACAAGGUUAAAGCACGAGGUGACUUUUGAAGAAAGGAGGUGUGUGCAAGACAGGGGAAGCUGCACAGAGAUAGCCCUGCGGGAGGCCACCCCCGGCCUCUCUUGAGCAUCUCUGGUUAAGAUCCCUGAUAAUUAUUGGAUUGGAAGAGUUGUUCAUCAACUAGGAUGAAUGGUCUGGGACCCCUCGUGGUUCACUCUUGGAGACUGGGGAGCGUUGGGCUGGGUGUGGUCUCCAUCAGGGACUGGGCCCCCUGCCAGGCCUCCUGGGGACCAACCCUGGCCCAGGACCCUCCACAGGGAUCCUGCCUGCCCAACCCCAAGACCUCUUCAUCAGAAGCUAUGCGAUCUCCAAACCUAGUUCAGCUUGGGGACAGGGGCAGGAGAAAGGGGGAAGAUUCUUAAAUGUCCCAACGGGGUCUGCUUUCCAAAACCAAUGUGAAAGACAGACGGCUGGACUAAGAGGUGGUUACAAAGAGGGAGAGGGCUACUGAUCCUUGAGGGGGAAUAAUCUGUCCCAGGUGGCAUUAGUGGCUCUCCAUCCUUCCUAGCCACUCACCGCACUGUCCCAGGCCUGAGCUUCUAGCAGCCACCUCCUGCAGCCCACCUAAUUUUUCCCACCAUCUUUGUCCUGGCCUACCACUCAAGCCAAUAGCCUGGUCAAAGAGCAGACCUUUUCCCUGAGGUGGAAGACAUCAAAAAGCCAAGAGGCUGCGCCUGGGCCGCUGGUCCCAAGAUUUCUGCAGGAAAUGCCUGUGGGGUGCGGCAGCUUGGCAAAGUCUCCACCACACUUCAUUGAAACUUGGUUUCACUCAGCAUAGCAGCAGGCCUGGCCAGCGGGCCCCCAGCUAUGAGGGAAUCGAGUCCCCCAAAAUGCCCGGUUCCAGUAUCGUAUUCAGCCCUUCACCACCCUAGAACUGCACUUGGAAGUUUCUGGCAUCUUUCCAAGAGCUGGAGAGCGAUUUGGAAUUAUUUUAAAAGAUAAAUAUUAUAUUAUAUAUAUAUUUCCCUGCAGGAACCAAAGCGAAUUUUAAAAGAUGCAAUGUAGAGGGAGGGGGGGAACAUUGAUGAAGAAAAUAUUUAAAGGCUCUAUCUGUUUACAGUGUCCAUGGUUAAACUCACUCACUGCUAAGAAUAUUUGAAUGUAUGCUUCAUACAGGGAUGGUGUUGAAAAGACUUGUAAAUAAA